UGAAUUCGGAUUCCAAAAAAUCCUAACCUCAACCAACUUCACUUAAUCAGUUACAGUGAAUCAGUAGGCCUAUUCGGAUUCAAGCAAGAAGAGAAGAUACCAAAACGACCAUUUCAGUUAAGGGUUUUCUAGUUUUAUCGAAAAAAAUUAAUUUGUCUACAAAUGAAGCUCGAAGACAGCAUGUCGCGAAAAUAUGGUGUAUUAAACUGUCCGCCUACUGAGGACAGUGCUGCUAUAUGCCAUAAGAGAGUGGAUUGUGAAUAUGUUGAUUUAUCACAGAUAUUCCGUCAGCAAUCAAAGGAUUUCUCCAAACAAUUUGCCCACAUUUAUGCUGUUCGUCUCAGCUCAUUGAGGGACCCAUUGGUUAAAAGGGCUUCUGCAAAAUGGGGUUCUGACGUUAAAGUUUGUCGGUUAGUGGAACUGGAAAAAGCAGAGGGAGAAAAGUGUGUUAUCAUUGGAACCCUCUUUCUGGAUCAACGUUUAAAACCGAGCAUUCUGAAAGAUAUUAGUGAAGAAGCACAGCUGAUUCCCCAGCCAAUCCGCACAAACUUUGUGUCUGACACGGAUACUUUGAUCCUGGAAGACGAACUACAGCGAAUUGUUCUCCAUGGGAGUUUAGAUGUCCACAAGGUGGUUACGGGAGUCGUUUGUGCGGUGUUGGGAAAGGAAGAAGCAGAAGGGGGAAAGUUCCUUGUAGAGGAUUGGUGUUUUGCCGGCGUCGAGACAAUACCUCCUCUAAUCAGCCCACCAAAGGACGAUCAGUUUGUCGUGUUGGUCAGUUGCCUAGACUUGGCUGGAGGCACAGACCUGCUCAGUACGCAACUGUUGAUAGAUUGGCUGUCUGGUAUGCUGGGCGAACCUGCGGACCAGGAACGAGCUGCCAAGGUUGUACGGGUCAUCUUAGCGGGAAACAGUGUGAGGAGUGAUGUGGAAAAGAAGGAAGAUAAAGUGACGAAAACCACAACAAUAGAAAGUUCUUCAUCUUCUCUUUCAGCAGUCAAACUCCUCGAUGGAUUUUUGAACCAGCUUGUGCAAUUCGUCGACGUAGACAUCAUGCCGGGAGAGUUUGACCCAACCAACCAUACACUGCCUCAACAGCCGUUACAUUACUGCAUGUUCCCAAAUGCUUCUAGGUUCAAGAGUCUGCAUGGCGUCACCAACCCAUACAGCUGUUUGGUCAACGGACGCCGGAUCACCGGCACUUCUGGUCAACCGGUUAUGGAUAUCAUCCGAUUCACCCGGAUGAGUGAUCCGUUGGAUACUCUACAUCAAACCCUGGAGUGGGGCCAUCUCUCCCCUACCUCCCCGGAUACUCUGCCAUGCUACCCGUUCUACGAGCGAGAUCCGUUCAUCCUGGAAGCCAGGCCUGAUGUUUAUUUUGCCGGCAAUCAGGAAACAUUCCAGACGAAACUAGUCGAAACACUCAAUGGUGAUGGAGAGGUCCACAAGGUGCGGCUAAUCUGUUUGCCAAGUUUCGCCAAAACCGCAACAUGCGCUGUUGUCAACCUCGCAAAUUUAGACUGUCAUACAAUGAACUUUGAAGUGGGAAUGCAAUAGUUCAUGAUAAUAGAAUUGUAAAUAGGUCGCUAUAUUUUUCGAAGUAUUUUUAUAGCGAAACCGUAGGGAUAGAAACGUAAAUAAAGUUGUGUCACAUUUCAAUGAUUACAAAUCGCUAGUAUUUUACAUGUAAUAAAUAACUUGUUUCAAACUUAUGUCCAUAUAGUGUACAGUUUGGUUUUGUACAAAAUAGUUGUUAGGCUUUUCUGUUAAGUGUAGAAAAGUGAGUUUAAUUCUUACAAUAAUGAAAAUGUUUAUUGUUGGAACGAAUACACCUAUGUACAGUCAACUCCAUCUUGUUUUGAAAACUCAGGAAUGGACCAUUUUUGGAGUUUAAAAAGUCAAAGCCACUUGAAGUCAACAUGAUAGUAAACUACUCAGUUUCAAAACUGCAGAUUAUGAGUGAAACAUUGAGCCAUCUAAAAUCCAAUCCAAACAAAUCUCAACAAUAGGAAGAAGUCUUCUGUAAUAUUUUAUUAUGAAUCUCCUACUUUUUGUCAGCUUUCAGAUUCAGACACAUCCUUAGAUUUUCCACUGUUAGGCCUAGUCUAAUAUUGUUCAGUAAAAUUUGCUAGGCAACAUUUAUACAGGGUGAUUGACAUAAGUGUGCCAGCCGUUUUAUUCGAAAACUAUAAGAGAU